AUGGAGAAGCAAAAAAUGGAUUUGUUCGAAGGAGACCUAGAUGAAGAAAUAGAUGUCGUAAAUUUCAUAAAAACUCUCAAAAAGGUUGAUUCUGUUCAGAACUCAACAAUCGAUUUGAAAUCUAUCCGAGAUAAUAGCGGAAGUAGUUCCUCAUCUUCAACAGAAAAAGUAAACACCUGUAUAAGCGAUGAAAAACAUAAAAAAUUAGCAGAUAAAAGAUCGAACACAACGGAACUUCUGGCAUCCAUGCGUCGCAGGUUUCAACAUCGAGCUACAGAACCAAUUUUUCAUAAUAUUGACACUUUAAAUGAGAAAGGGAUUUCGUGUUGUAAUACAGCUGGAGGAUCAGAUAAUGCCUUAAAGAUGCCCCAGGUACAAACGGAAGAUCCCGCUGAUCAUCCAAGCAGUCGGGUUGCUUCGGCCAAAAAAUACAUGUCAAAAGAUUAA